AGUACGGUUGCAUGUUGUUGGGGAAAAACGCAUCGCCGCUCGUGUGGAUUUUAACACAAAACUGUUAAUCUACAAUACGAAGAAAAAUACGUUGCGGGCAGAAGACAUUUCUGGGACGAGCUUUUUGAGGAUAUCGACAGUUUCUCGGUGGCAUUCCUAGAAGGGAAGCGAGUCUACCUUGGGAUAAUGUGACUCCGUAAUUCCCCCCCUUCGACUCUGAACAGAAGUGUGUCAAACGUUCGUCUUGUUUUUGUGUUAUAUUUACAAAAGCAGACGUCCCAAGUGUGGUGGUGUGUGUGUGGUGUCGGAAAUACCCCCCUUGGGAAGCUCGGCUACGUCAUAGCAUGGGCACGUGCAGCGCGAUUUUCGUGCUGCAUGUUUCGUUCUAAAAGAACUGCACUCGUGAAACGUCUGUGGAAAAGUCGGAUUCUGUACCAUGAAGGCAACGGUGAGACUGAAGACGAGUUCAAAUCGGCGGCACACUCCAUGCUGAAGCGGUUGAAAGAGAAACAGUUGGACAUCAUGGUCCAGAGUGUGGAAAGUAAAGGAGGGGAGACCACGGAAUGCGUGCUCUUACCAAAGGCGGACGUCAAACUAGCGACGUCGCGCCGUUACGUCUCGCCUCACACCCUCUGUUGUAAACUCUGGCGCUGGCCCGAGUUACAGCAAGGGGUGGAGAUGAAAAGACUGCCCUGUUGUUCGACGGGGGAGGAACAAGGAUAUAUCUGCUGCAACCCUUACCACUGGAGUCUGCUCCUGAAAACAGAUCGGCCCACUCCGCCUUCCAGUCCAAAUGAAAACCAUAUAGAGCGGCUAGCUACAAAAGAUGGAUUUUCUCCAGAACCAGAGGAAACCGAAACAGGAUUAACCCCCUUGCCGCGACAAGAGUUUAUUAACGAUGACUCCACUUCCGGCGGAGGAGGAAAGCACUGGUGUACGAUCGCGUACUGGGAACUGCGUCAGCGAGUGGGUCGACUGUUUCCCGUCGUCGAGCCGAACUUCUGUGUGUUUCAAAACCUACCCCACGGGGACGGGAUGUGUCUCGAGAUCCUGCAGCAAGAUUCGAGCUCGGAAGCCGUUCGCAGGACUAGAGAGAAAAUCGGUUUCGGGAUAAUUCUGAGUCGGGAGGGUGACAGCGUGUGGGCGUACAACCGAGGCAAGUACCCCGUGUUUGUGAACUCGCCCACACUUGACGAACCCAACUGUCGGACGUUGGUCGUGCGCAAGCUGUUGCCGGGUUAUUCAUUGCGGAUCUUUGAUUACGACGAAGCGUUAGUGCUGCGUGAGACGCGGGACCCGGAGUUGAUGGACGGGCCGUUUGAUCCGAGUUCUGUCAGGAUUUCCUUCGCUAAAGGCUGGGGUUCGUGCUACUCUAGACAGUUUGUGACGUCGUGUCCGUGUUGGAUCGAGAUUUUGCUCAGAAUCGGCAGGUGAUAGCGGCUCAAGCUUGCCUGCGGUGAUCUUCAAUUUGGGCAUUAUCGUUUUGAAGGUUGCCGGGUCAAGCCCCUGUGUCAGAAACCUUUUUCUCUUUUUUUUGGUGGGUUUUUUUUUUUUUUUUUUUUUGAAAAACGGGUCAAGGCGAUUGUAUCGACAGUCGUUUUCGGUGUGGAGGAGAAAGUCAAGAGUUGCAGUUCUUGGGAGUUUUAAGAUGUUGUUAACUUUGUUUAAAAUAUCAAUUUUUUUUUUCUCUCUGUUUUUUUCUCUUAUUUUUUAAAAAUCUUCUUUACCCUCUGUUUAAAAUAUGGAUCGAACAGUAUAAGUAAAAAAAAAAUUGAAGAAAAUUUUAAUGAUUUUUCUGGUAUUUCAGGGCCCAUAUUUAUAAAACUUUUAGUCUAGACUCAAUCUUUAAUGACAUCAAAUUCAUGCAGUUUGUAUGGCGUUGCCAUGACGUUAAAGAUGCAGACUCUUGUUACACUUAGAGUCUUGAGUCUAGACUCUAAAACGUUUUAUGGGCACUAGGGAAGAUUUUAGAAUCAUUACCCCCAAAACGUCUACCCUUAUACUUUAAUAUCAAUUUUUUUAAUAUAUAAUUAUACUAACUCUUUGUUUAAAGCCACUGCAAAGUUUUUUUUUUUACAUUUUUUGUCCAUAUGUGAAAAAAGAACAAUUAUAUCCAGUUUCCUUACUGAGAUUUCAGUUCUAACAAAACAUCUUAGAUGAUAUAUUUAUUCCAAGUCUUGUUGCAUUACGACAAGGAUUGUUGACAGUUUUUUUUUUCUCCAAGUGCCUUUCUUAUACUUCAUCAUGUGCAAAAUGUUUAAGAUGUGGAUAAUAUAAAUGGCAGAUUUUUUUUUACCCAUGAUGCAAUUGCCUGACCAACAAAUAAAACAGUAUGGACAACCCAUAAUACCUCUACAAUGUGCUAGUAACUGAGAAUAUAUAUAUAUAUAUAUAUAUAUAUAUAUAUGUAUGUAUAUGUAUGUAUAUAUACAUAUAUAUAUGUAUAUUUACAUAUAUAUAUAUAUAUAUAUAUAUAUAUAUAUAUACACACACACACACACAAUUAGUGAGACUGAACUUUAAUUGAUAUUGUCUCACAAGACGUGAAUCUAUAAAUUACAUAAACAUCUUAAAAUCACCUUUAUCAUAAAAAUAUAAAACAGUCUGCUUUCGCAUCACUGCCCCUACAUUUAAGUAAUAUUUAAGAAUAAAAUAUUUUUAAAAUAUCAAAACAAAAACAUCUUUAAGUAGCUACCAUCUUUUUUCCUUUUUUGUUUUUUUGUUUUAGUUUUCUUUCUUUCU